UCACCGCACAUGGACGGUGGGAAGAGAGCAGCCACUCCGGUGUUUCCCCUAAAUCUGUCCUGUGCAACAAAGAAAGUAACUCUAAGGCCGACGGAAAAAGAAUAAAACACAGUAGGACAACGGAGACAAACAAGGAAUUAUUUAAUUCACUACAUUUUACACAACCAUUGUAACAGUUACCUGGAGGUAUUCUCCCACGAGUCAAAAGAAAGUUGGAAGACGGUUUUUGUCCACAAAAUGUGGAGCAGCUUGUGAUUUGUCGUCAGCUUACGUUAAGUGGAAGCUAGUUUCAAAGUUUAUCAGCACAGUGACACGAAGGCAACAGCUUAAAGAGACACACUGUUCCAGGCACAGUCAAUGGAACCCCAGUUAUUGUGCUGUGAGGGGGACAGGCCUGCCAUCCGGAGGGCCUACCGGGACUCCAACCUGUUGAAUGACCGGGUCCUGCAUGCUCUGUUGCGAGCAGAAGACAAGUACCUCCCCGCUCCCAACUACUUCAAAUGCGUCCAGAGAGAAAUAGCUCCGUACAUGAGGAGGAUAGUGGCUACCUGGAUGUUGGAGGUGUGUGAGGAACAGAAAUGUGAGGAGGAGGUUUUCCCUCUGGCUAUGAACUACAUGGACCGCUUCCUGUCAGUGGAACCCACCAAGAAGAACCACCUGCAGUUACUGGGAGCUGCCUGUAUGUUCCUGUCAUCCAAACUGAAGGAAACAAUCCCACUCACUGCUGAAAAACUCUGCAUCUACACAGACAACUCUAUCACACCAACCCAGCUGCUGCAAAUGGAGCUGUUGGUUUUGAACAAGCUGAAGUGGGACCUGGCUUCAGUAACCCCUCUGGACUUCAUUGACCACUUUUUGUCUCAGCUGCCUGUCAGGAGAGAGAACAGGCCCAUCCUCAGGAAGCACGCUCAGACCUUUGUGGCUCUGUGUGCCACAGAUGUUAAAUUUAUUGCUAGCCCUCCGUCGAUGGUGGCAGCAGGCAGCAUGGUGGCAGCAGUGGAGGGUCUACAGAUGAGAAUGGUGGGCAAUGCCAUGAUGUCUCAGAAACUGACGGAGCACCUGGCACAGACCAUCAGGAGUGACCCGGACUGUCUCAGGUCUUGUCAGGAGCAAAUCGAGUCACUGCUGGAAACCAGUCUCAGACAGGCACAACAACCGCAACACUCAGUUACCAUGGAAACUAAGAACAUCAGUGAGGGGCAGGACCUCUCAACUACACCCACAGAUGUCCGGGACAUAAACAUCUGAGUGUUGUCAGUCAUGUUGCUGGGUGAGAAAAGAGAAGCAGGUUGGACUGAUAAAGUGGAUGGUCAUCUUUCACAAAUACAAAAACACACAUGGUUAUGUUUAACAUGAUGUGGUGUGUAUUGUGGAGCGCUAACAAGUAAAGGGACUCAACAGUGUAUCAGAACUGUUCAUAUCAAGUCCAGUAUGAACUAUGGCGAGGAUCAGCAUGCGAUGUGGACACGUCACAUCCAAGACAUUGACACCUUAAGACUGGAAUUCAGCUACCACUGACGGAAUAGCUGAAAGAGUAAUGUCUGUCAAGUGGGGUUUCUUACCUGUGGGUAUGUGCCCACCAAGGUGUUGUUGCCUCCUCCCAAAGUGAAACUGUGUAGCCUCAGAGACUGAAACUAACUGGUACGUUCAGACGUCCCUGGUCCUGUAUUUAUCAAACGCUUAAGAAUUACAUUAAGAAUGCAGAAAAGUAAUUUGCUGUAAGUGAAGAAUAAGACAGAUUUAUCAAGCAAUCUACACCUGCUGAUGGUGAAGUGCUGAAGCAGACUUUAAGAGCAGCUUUCAAGUGAUGAAAUGGAAACAACGCAUCCCAUUAAAUAUGCAUUUGGAGAUAACAGUUCACCGUAGCAGGAAACAGGAAACAGUCUCCUACAACAAGCUUAUUCUAUAUUAUGUUUUUCCUUCAUAUUAGAUGUUAUACAUAUUACCUAUACUGCAUUAUACAGCCAUUUUAAAACAUGUUUAAGAAGGGUUGAGCCAAUUUAAGAGGCCUUUCUUAAAUUUAGGAGCAUGUUUAAGCCAUAUUAUAAAAAAUAGGUUAAAUUUUAAGUUUGAAACUAUGAGUAAAAGGGAUGGAGGUUUCCAUUUAUGUAUCACUUUCAGCAGUUUGAUAAACACAGGCCCUGGUCAAGAUGGAAAGUAAAGCCCUGUUUCCACCAAACACUUUCAGUACUGUACAUCUGGAACCAAAAGUAACCCUUCAGACAUGGC